CCUUGAGGAGGCGCCUCAUUAAUAUUGAUGAGUUAAGAUGGCGGCGGCGGGCGGCGGCUGGGGCCCGGGUCUAGGCCCAGAGCACCGGGCUCGCCUGCAGCGGCUGCUCCGCUCCCUGGGGCAGUAUGAGCCGCAGCUCACCUUCUGCCAGAGCGUGUUGGUGUGGGAGCGGCCUCUACACAGCCUGUUGUUGCACCUGGGCGCCAACCUCGGCUUCUGGUUUCUGGCACUGACGUCGCUGAGACUGGUAUUCCUUGUUGCAUUUGGUCUGAUUAUUAUUGUGUGUCUGGACACUUGUAAGAGCAGAAUCUGGCCUGAGGUCAAAGUGGCACAAAUGGAGGACAAUGAUGCUGAGAGCUGGGGCCUUGUUCACCCGAAACUAGUCAGUGUUCCUGAACUGUGUCACAGAAUGGCAGAGCUCUCUGUCAGUGCAGAGAGAUUCCUGAAGAGUUUGCAUCUAUUUAAAAAGCAGAAUCCUGGUAAGUUUUGUCUUUUAGUUUGUGGCGUGUUCACAUUCCUGGCUGUGAUUGGGCGUUACAUCCCAGGUGUUCUCCUGUGCUACAUCUGCUUAAUCAGCUUACUGCUCUGCCCUUUGGUCAUUUAUCACCAACUGUGGAGAAAGGUUUAUGCCAGAAUUGAGCCCUUGCUUAAGCGUCUGGAUUUCAGCGUGAAGGGAUAUGUAUUGACAAAACAGCGCGAGCGACUGAUGCGUGGCCAAGCAACUACUGUCCGAGCUGCAGAUGACGGAAGUGACAGUGAAGCUGAACUAGCUGCAUUCUGCCCCAAGCUCGAUGAUUCUAUGUUCGCUAAGGAACUGGAAAUUUCUGAUGUUGAGCAUUCCGAUGCAGAGGUAUCGUACACAGAGAAUGGAACCUUCAACUUGUCUCGGGGACAGACCCCAAAUACAGAUGGUUCUGAAGAUCUUGAUCGCCAUAGUGACCCCGAGGAGUCAUUUGCAAGAGAUCUACCAGAAUUCCCAUCAAUAAACCCUGAUGCAACUGGAUUGGAUGAUGAUGAUGACACCAGCCUGGGUAUUCCCACUGCAUCCUACCAGCCUCUGCUUCACGAUAAUGUCAGCCUGUCUUCUGAUCAAGAGGAUAUUGAUGAAGAUAUAUCCCAAAGUGGUCUGCCAUCACCUCUGAGUUUUACAGGCAGCCAGGGCCUUUCUCUAGCAGGAACGAUUGCCAACAAGAUGAUGGCAGCAGCAUUGUCAAACACUGCUCAUGAGACCCAAUUGAUGAUUGAUCCUUUGAGGAUUGCUUUUCAGACUGUGCAUGAACACGGAAGCAUAGAGGUGGACACUGAUGCAGAGGGAGAUGAUUUUGAACUGUUGGAUCAGUCGGAACUGAAUCAAUAUGAGAAUCUUGCCAGUCAUGAUCGGGGCAAUCGACAACAGUUAAAGGCAGGGUUCCUAUCAAACUUUCUUCGAAAGCAGUAGGUUUAUGGGUGCUGGUGUUUUCAGAUAACACCACACUGGCCCAGUAAUUUAGCAGGGGAGUGGGUUGCCAAAGUCCCCCCUUUGAUGACAUCUGCAUAGUUUAUUAUCUUGAUUUGCUCAGUAGUUAUUUUCUCACAAUGAAUACAUUUGAACAGGUCAGUGAGAUGUAGGUUUUAUUUCUUUGUCAUUGCUACUUUUAGUGUUCCUUCUGAUUCCUUGGAUUUGAAGUGACUUCCCAGAAAAAAAAAUGAAGCCACCCGACCCUUGGAUUAACAAUUACCCUACUAAUGUGUUGUAGAAUGAACUUGGUAUAGUUAUGUAUUUAAGAGACAGAGUUUAUGCAAGUAUUCAUGAGGUACCCACAGUAAAUAAGGCAUAUUUAAUAAAACUGUGCUUUUGUGCAAUGUGAAAAGUUGAUGUAGGAAAGUCAGGCUUCAUUUGUUUAGAUUAUGAUCUCAUGACAUCCAGAAAAUGUAUCAUAAUGCAUUUAAUGUUGAACAGCUGGAUUAAAGUUAUAGAGUGAAGCAACAUGGUCCGAACUGGAGCAUGUUUACUCAUAAGCAAUACAAGUAGGCAUGCUGCAGUUUGUAUAGAAUAACAGGUUCAGGCUGUGACCUUGCGGUGAGGCCCAGGGCCAGUGUACGAGAGGCAAAGUCAAAUGAGGGGCUGCUGUGGGAAGACCUUUCAUUACAAACAUUGCUACUUCAUCACCAACAAGUCACAAACCAGCAAGGAAUUGUUACUUUCCAACUAAUGGGAUGUUUAAUCCUUGAAGAGUUUUGCAGAAUUUCUUUGUGAUCUAUCUGCACCUUGUUUCUUUUUGCUCAUGACUGUUCUGCAGCUAUAGAUUGGUCAAUCCUGUUUCAAUUGUAUUACCUCAAAUUUUGCAAACUCCUUUCAAUUAUUUAAAAAUUAAAUUGUUUGCAGGAUAUGGACAUCACUGACAAUGCUGGCACUUACUAUCCAUCUUUAAGCAGUAAUAAGUUGAUCUUACUGAAAUUUGUGGCGUUCAUUCCUGUGGCAGUGGCUAUCUAAACAGCAUUGUUUAAAAGUUAUUGCUAUCUAGUAUAUUUGGGUGCAAAAGUUCAGUUCUGAGAAGCUGAUUUUUUUUGUUGCUGAUGUCUCAGUAUCAAAUGACCAGGCCAGGUUUGAAGACAGUUUGAUAUAAUCUAGGCUGUGUUAUGGCAGUUUAUGGGUGUGGCUGUGAGUCUAAUUGGGUUUGUACAAACCUAAGAUUCUGGUUGAAAUACAAAGGUGACAGCAAGUCUCUGGUCUGGUUUAGGGGCAAUCAGACUAACAAGUACAGGUAGUUCUACGUAACACAAUAUUUCUGUACCUAAAAACACUUAAAUUACAAAAACUGUCAUUGGGGAAAAGGGGCUCGGGGCUAGAGAAUUGCAGACUCAUACUUUUAUUUAUCACCCCAACAGGAUUUUCAAAAUUAAAGGUAUUUUUAAUAGCUGUAAGCUUAUUUUUUACUGCAAGCUAAAAAUACAAAAGGCUGGGCAUUACAUUUAACAGAGUAUGGUUGCAUGUGUCAGUUGAAACAAUUGCUUAUUAAUUUCAAUGACUCCUGUGAUCUUGAGGCAAUGGAGUAUUACUGCUGGGAGCUUGUAUGGAAAGUUUUAUUUUCCCGAGACUUUCUUCCAAAGACAGCUUUUUUACUGCUUGUCAAUUUCCAAACAUAGCUUUGAAGUGGCUCUCUAGUUCCUGACGUAUGUUGUAGCAGAAAAUGGUGGCAGAUGAAGUUGGAAUGGUUCACUAUUGUCUGUCGUAGAACAAUGCUAUUGUAUACAAGUCAUCUGGCAGCUUCCCUUGAGCAAAAAGGUAGACCUAACUGUGGUGAUCUCAGCAUAGUAUUGCAUUGCUUUUCAGCAGUAAAUAAAUGGCUUCCAUCUAUUUGAUCAGAGGAAACAAAUAAAAAUGUUAAUGAAAUAUAAUACUAGAUUUUGAGCCAUGAUAUUUUGUGGGAUUUAAUGCCAGAAUCAAAAGUUCUGCAUGACAAAUGCUUAAUAUAUUUUAAUGUUCAUUAUUUUGACUUCUUACAGAACUUUAUUGUUGUUGGACUAUAGUUUGACCUGAUGCGUUUUCAUAAAACUCAAGUUCUAGUGGGGUGUUGGCUAUCUGAAUAAAAGUGUAAAUAUUUGGUAGGUCAACAACAUGGUUCAUAUUUCAGCUUCAACCUUUCAACACUAAAUGUUUUGUUAAACUUUAAAGUUGAAAGAUUGCGUAAUAGUAAUAUUAAUUGUGGAGGAUUAGCAACUGGCAGCACAGGUAUUGUGAUCAGUGACGUUGUGUAAUGUAUAUGUGAAAUUGUGGUUGUGCAUGACAGUUUAUAAAACCUUUCCUGCAAAUCUAUUGUCCUGGCCUUGUGUGCGAUGAAUAUAAAACUUAGAGCAGUGUGAUUAGUUUUCAGACAAGAUUUAUUUAAUGUGAUAUUCACUGGGUCUGGUAGUUUUUUUGGCAGAGCCACUUUUAAUUUCAUCCAUGGUAGCUGUUAGCAAUUGUGAAGGAGAACUGAAAAUCAGCAGAUUCCAACUGCUCCUAAAUUAAAAGCUGUAAAGAAUGGGGUUGAUCCUGCAAACCUCUAGAAAAUGGUUUGAAAUUAUGUAAAUAUUAAGUUUUGUUUGAAAGUUAGUGAGCUUAAGCUUUGAGAAUUUGAGGCAAAGCCGACAGCUCUUUUACUUCUGUAACUGUCUGAGCCCAGGCAAUUAAAAUAUCUGUAAAUACAAAAUGGAUUGAACUGUUAUGUGGAAUAUGCAGCAUCUGUGUGUACUGUAUUUUCAAUGUUAUUUGAUCUUCAAAAGCACUUUGUGUACUUAAAGUAUUUCAACCUGUUCAUUUUCAAAGACGAAUUGACUUGAUCCAUUUGGAUUUCUUUUUGUAGAACAGUCACUUUAUUUUUGAACCAUUCAUUAAAGUGAUUUUCUAAAAAUGUCAA